UUAUCGACGGGGCGGCGGGCGGUGCGCAUGUGCGCCGCCGGCGCCUCGGUGUCUCGGGGGUGCCAUACUAACGCCCGAGCGGAGCCCCACCGAUGCCAGUCGCCUCGCGGAGCGCGCCCUGAGCGGCCGAAAGCAAAAAUGAUCCCGCACGCGGUCAACCCUUACACUUGUCAAAAUGUCUGCACACCCGAAGUCUAAUCGCCAGCAAUAAACAAAAAUUGGAAGGAUGAAGCGUGACGCGUACGGUGAUGAUGGCCCCUCCCAAAAAAGGCAACGGCAAACAGAUGACGAAGUCACCUUCCUUAUUCCCAGCAAGGUGGCUGGUUCAAUCAUCGGGAAAGGAGGCAGCAAUAUUUCUAAACUAAGAAAUCAGUACAAUGCCUCUAUAACAGUCCCAGAUUGCCCCGGCCCCGAACGGGUUCUCUCAAUAACAGCACCAGACGUAGACACUAUUUUAGAGAUUGUCAAAGAAAUUUUACCGAGUUUGGCUGAUGGAGGACCGAAGGGAGGAAGCAAUGAAGACCUGGACGUUCGUCUACUCAUUCACCAGAGCCGAGCUGGCUGCGUCAUCGGCAAGGCUGGCGCGAAGAUCAAGGAGUUGAGAGAGCAAACCGGCGCUCGCCUGAAGAUCUUCUCGAACCCGGCGCCGCAGAGCACGGAGCGCGUGGUGCAGCUCGUGGGACGCGCCGAGUGCGUCGCGGCCGGCGUGCGCGAGGUGCUGGCGCUUAUCCAACAGGUACCCAUCAAGGGAGCGGUACAGAACUACGACCCGCACAACUACGAUGACUUCUACGCCGAAGAGUACGGCGGCUUCGGAGGCGGCCAGGGGACCGGCGGCGGCGGCGCCAGCCGGCCCGGGCCCCGGGGGGGCGCCCCGCCGCGCGGGGGGCCAGGCCGAGGACCCCCUCCCAUGGGCCCCGGCCGCGGUGGCCCCCGAGGCCCUCCCAUGGCCCGUGGGCCCCCUGGCGGACCUCGCGCCAGCUUCAACGACUUCGGCGGUCCCGGCCCCCGCGGCGGGUUUAACGGCCCCCCGCGAGGAAACUUCAGCGGCGGCAACUUUGGAAGCAACUUUGGCGGUGGCGGUCGCAGCGGAGGCUCUGGCGGCGGCAACUUCAGCAAUAACGGCGGCAGCCAGCAAGAGACCACUACGCAAGUUACGAUACCUAUAGAUCUGGCGGGCGCGAUCAUCGGGCAGGGCGGGUCGCGCAUCCGCACCAUCCGCGCCAAGAGCGGCGCGCGCAUCGAGAUCGCCGAGCCGCUGCCCGGCUCCUCCGACCGGAUCAUCACCAUCACGGCCACGCCGCCGCGCAUACAGAUGGCCCAGUAUCUGCUGCAGCAGAGUGUGCACGAGAGCAACCUGAAUCACAAUCGCGGGAACUUCUGAUUCUACAAUAACUUAUACAAUAUCAAUUAAACUUAAAGCUUUAUGUUAGCCACCUCAAAUUCCAUAACGUGUACAAUCUGUAGCGAGGCUCAUACCAUUUUAUAAAUGUACUUUACUAGUGUAAAAUAUAACUACAAUAAAAUUAAGAAAAUAAUACUCGGUUCAAGAGUAAGGCUGGUAACUAUUUAUAUUUGUAACCAAAAUCCAUACUAAAAAUCCUAAAUCCAAAUGUCAUUUAUAUUGUUGAAAUCUGCUAAAGAUUAUUUUAUAUUCGACGUGUUUCUGGUGAAACUCGUGCAAUGCAUUUAUCAAUAUGAAUUAUUAUGAAGAGAUAUUUAAGUAAGAUUGUGUGAUUUACUCAUAUAAUUUGUUACAUCGAUGUAUUU